UUUUUUGGGUGGAAAUUUUUUUAUCAUUUACAUAAUUUUAUUUUUUUACAGAUAAAUAACGGGUAUUUAAAUAAUCGUUAUUUAAAAAUGUCUGAAACUAAUUUUGUUUUAAAUUUUAUUUCUGGAGGUGUUGGGGGAUGUUGUGCUGUGAUUGUAGGCCAUCCUUUUGACACAGUCAAAGUUAGGCUUCAAACAAUGCCGAGACCAAUAAAUGGCCAAAAACCUUUGUAUACGGGUGCUAUGGACUGUGCUAGACAAACUGUUACGAAAGAAGGAUUUUUUGCUCUCUAUAAAGGAAUGGCAGCACCUUUAGUUGGCGUUUCUCCUUUAUUUGCUGUCUUCUUUGGUGGUACAGCUGUCGGCAAAUGGUUAUUACAGAAAGAUCCUAAUCAAAAACUUUCUUUUGGUCAAAAUUUUACUGCAGGAGCUAUUGCUGGUAUUUUCACAACUUCUGUAAUGGUUCCAGGUGAAAGAAUUAAAUGUAUACUUCAAGUUCAACAUUCGGGUGGAGCUGCUCAAAAAUAUGAUGGACCAGUAGAUGUUGUCAAAAAAUUAUACAAAGAAGGUGGAAUUAAAAAUAUUCCUGCAAGCGGUGCUUAUAUUUCUGUAUAUGAAUUUUUGAAAGCCAAAUUCUCUGGUGAACAAGGAAAAUUAACACCGAUGACAACUUUAAUGGCUGGAGGGUUUGCAGGAAUAGCUAACUGGUCUGUGUGUAUUCCAGCUGAUGUAAUGAAAUCCCGUUUACAAACAGCUCCGGAAGGCAAAUAUCCUGGUAAUAUUAGAAAAUAUUCCUUAAAAUUAAAAAUUAUUUUAGAUGGAAUAAGAGGUGUAUUUCGUGAAAUAAUGCGUGAAGAGGGUCCUCGUGCUUUAUUUAGAGGUUUUGCACCUGUUAUGUUAAGAGCAUUUCCUGCUAACGCUGCAUGUUUUUCUGGUUUAGAAUUAACUCUUUGGCUAUUCCGUAAUUUACAUAUGGGUUAA